UCCUUCUUCUCCCCCGCCGCUUUAAUCCCCCAUUUUUAGCUCUUACCUCAACUUUCCUUUCCUCCUCUGUUUCUUCCUCGAUCUCACCCACGAUUCUUGAAUUUCUUUCAAUCGGACGGAGUAUUUGUCGGAAUUGUUGAUUUUUGAUUUGAUGCGAUAAGGUUGCAAGAACAGUAGAGCAGGCAGCAUGUCAUCAUGUUCGUUGAGGUCUGGGUUUUCCAUUAUUUCAGGCUCCAAGGAUGCCAGAGGUGCGUUUAGGGUUUGCCCUUCGAUUGGCUGUUCUCUACAAUUUAGGGAUUCGAAUUCGAUUUCGAAGGAAUUAUUUUGGGGCAAAACCCUAACCCUAGAUUUGUCCGAUCAGAAAGGGGUCGGGAAGUUGGAGCCUGUCUAUGCUACGGCGGCGCCGGCGCCGGCGACGGUGUCGUUCGGGAAAGCUCAGAGAUGGUGGGAGAAGUCCCUACAGCCAAACAUGGUAGAAAUCGAAUCUGCCGAAGAUUUGGUUUUCCGUUUAAGGAAUAGCGGGGACAGAUUGGUAAUCGUCGAUUUCUACUCCCCUGGCUGUGGCGGCUGCAGAGCUUUGCAUCCUAAGAUUUGUCAGCUGGCAGAGUCGAAUCCGGAUGCCAUUUUUCUGACAGUGAAUUACGAGCGCCACAAGGAAAUGUGUUACGCCCUCCACGUCCACGUGUUACCGUUUUUUCGAUUCUACAGAGGCGCUGACGGCAGAGUGUGUAGCUUUAGCUGCACCAAUGCAACAAUCAAGAAGUUUAAGGAUGCAUUGGCAAAACACUGUGCGCCGCGGUGCAACCUUGUGCCAGCUAAGGGUUUGUCUGAACAAGAACUUUCGGCAUUGGCCUCGAUUGGGCAGAUACCUAUGGAUUGGGUGCCGAGGAAGGAAGAGGAAGAAGUGCCGGUUGUUUCAAAACACGGCGCGAUCGGAAAAGACGAGGGAAAGGUGGGAUUGAAAGAAGGGAAGGAAGAUUUAGUAAUGGUUUAAGGAUGUAAGAAGCUAUUAAGCUUAAAAGGGGAUUUGUGAAGUUUUUUUUUUUUUUUUUGUACAUAUAUAUAUAUAUAUAGGAUAUAGAGAUAUAUGUGUAUAUUAUUGUUGGUGUCAAAAGGGCUGUUGGGUUUUUAGAUAUGAGCCCUCCCUCCUGUUUGUGUGUGUUAUGGUUGUUGCAAGUUGUAAACAAGAAGGAAGAUAAAUCAUUUGAUUUUGUCUUCAUGGUAAUAUUGUCUUCUUCUGUUCA